AUGACAAUGAAGAUCAGCACUAAAGAUUUAAUCCCAGUAUUAUCUAAAUUUACUCCAUGCGACAUUUCAGACUCCCUUGUUAAACAUGGAAUCUCCAAUGGGGGAUAUAUUCCUAACUUGGAACAAAGAUCUCCCAAGACAGGAAAAGGAACGGUAGUUGGUAAGGCUUAUACUGUUCUUUAUGCGCCCAAGUCUGAUCCAAGGCCUGCUGUUAAAGAAUCUUAUAUCGACAAUAUCCCAGAAAAUAGCGUUUUAGUGAUAGGUGUUCCUCCACUGGUACAAAGCUUAUAUGCUCCCUAUAACAAAGUUAAUAAUGCCCUUUAUGGUGGAUUAAUGUCGACUAGGGCCCAAUACAAGAAAGCAAACGGUUCAGUAGUCUUAGGUCGCAUAAGAGAUUUGGAUGAACAUAAUGAUUUAGGUUAUCCCGUUUGGUCUUAUGGAGUCGGGAGUACCGCACCAGGUCCUGUAGUGAAAGUUGUGGGAAUCAAUGUCCCGAUUGAGGUCAAAGUCCCUUCUAUCGAGGGACCUGAAGAGAUCAUCUUGAUUAACUCUGGGGAUUAUAUUGUCGCCGAUAAGAAUGGGGUUGUAAGGCUACCAAUUAAUGCACAAAGUGGCAAGGAAGCUCAAUUGGACUUGGAGAGUAUAUUGGAUUAUAUUCCAAAAAGAGUUGAAGCUGAUCAAAAGGUCAGUGAAGAUAUAAAAAAUGGAAAGCCGGCUGCAGAAGCGCAAAAAUUCUGGCGUAGCAAAAUUUAA